AUGGGCUUCAGAAAAAAUGUAUGGCACCCGCCUAAGAGCAUCUCCAGCGCAAAGCCUAGCCCGGGGGAAAGAUUGCCAGAGGGAGCCCGAGGCAGCUCCAGCACAGGGCCCGUAGCCCGGUUUGGUGGUGGGUCCCACGUGGCCGAGCAAGCCCAAGGGCAAGUCUUGCCCGGGCUGAAGCCCGAGUUGGCUGACGUCAGCGCACAGUAA